AUGCCUUUUAAUAAUAUUUCCGUGUACAAGGCGUUUGGAUAUCCUGGUGUGGGACAUGGAACUGGUGACAUGGAUAACAAUAAAGAAUACAGCUGUCCCUCAAAGGUUAUUAUUUUGCAGGACUUUAUGGCAAGUCAAUCACGGAACAGACAGGAUAUUGGAAGGUGUCAAGCUAGUGAAAAAGAGCUUCUUGCCUUUCACAGAAUGUCAACAGAAGGAAUGCUCUUCAACAACACGUUUAUAUCCAAAUUUAACCCUAUUGAUGAUGAUUAG